ACGGAACCCUAACCAGAGGGGCGCGAAUCCAUUAUCAAAUCACCUGGAAGCUCUCCGAUCAUCGGCGCAGCUCCAUAGUCUCUGGGCGGAGCUCAGAGGUUCAAUAACGGAAACAAGGUCUUUCCCCAAUUCAAUUAAGAGAUGCCGCCGAAGCAGGCCUCAAAAGCCGACCUGGCGAAGAAGCAGAAGAUUGUAGAAGACAAGACAUUCGGGCUGAAAAACAAGAACAAGAGCAAAAAUGUCCAGAAAUACGUUCAGAGUCUCAAGCAAUCCGUGCAGCCGAAAGUUGACCCAAGCAAACUCGCUUCUAAGAAAAAGAAAGAGGAAGAAAAGGCCAAAGAGAAGGAGUUAAGCGAAUUGUUCAAGAUUGCUGUAAGCCAGCCCAAGGUUCCUCCUGGCGUUGAUCCAAAGUCUAUUUUGUGUGAGUUCUUCAAAGUGGGGCAGUGCACAAAGGGCUUCAAAUGCAAGUUCUCCCACGAUCUCAAUAUCCAAAGGAAAGGGGAAAAAAUUGAUAUCUACAGUGAUAAGCGUGAUGAAGGUUGUUUUGCUAGAGAUACGAUGGACGAUUGGGAUCAAGAGACUCUGGAGAAGGUUGUAGCAUCAAAGAACAGCGAGUAUAAUCAGAACAAACCUACUGAUAUUGUAUGCAAACAUUUCCUGGAUGCUGUAGAGAAGAAACAAUAUGGAUGGUUUUGGGUCUGUCCAAAUGGUGGUAAAGAAUGCCAUUACCGCCAUGCUCUUCCUCCAGGAUAUAUCUUAAAAUCUCAGAUGAAGGCUCUACUUGAUGAAGAGUCUGAAAAGUUGCCCAUUGAGGAGGAAAUUGAGAAUCAGCGUGCUAAAGUUGCAACUACAACCCCCAUGACCACCGACUUGUUCAUGCAAUGGAAAAAGAAGAAGAUGGAUGAAAGGGAUGCUAGUUUGGAUGCACUUAGAGCAGAGAGGGCUAAGAAUGAUCGGAUGAGUGGGCGUGAACUAUUUCUGUCUGAUGCAAGCUUGUUUGUGGAUGAUGCUGAGGCAUAUGACAAAUACCAAAGGGAUGAAGAGCCUGAUGUUACUACUACUCAGAGCAGCCAGAAUUCUGAAACUCAGGGGCCAAGCACUUCAGCACAAGCUGAUGGAGAUGAUGAUGAUGAUGGUCUUCUUGACGAUGAUGACGAUGAUGAGCUGGACCUAGAUGAACUCAAUGAGCUGGAAGCUAGCUUGGCGAAAACAUCGAUCAAAAUCCAAGAGCCGGGUGAUGCGAAAUGAAGCGAUAAAGGGUGGUAGACCCUGCAGUCUGCAUUGCCUCUCUGAGAUGUUUAUUUUCUCU